AGGCUCAACGUCCACCUCAUCUGCCACAGCCACGACGACGUGGGAUGGCUCAAGACUGUCGACCAGUACUAUUACGGCGCGAACAACUCCAUCCAGCACGCAGGGGUUCAGUACAUCCUCGAUACCGUGCUGGAUGAGAUCAUGCUCAAUGCGGACAGAAAGUUCACGUACGUGGAACAAGCCUUCUUCCAACGUUGGUGGACUGAGCAAAGCGACGAAAAACGAGAGAUCGUGAAGGGGUUGGUGGACAAGGGGCAACUCGAGUUCAUCAAUGGCGGCUGGUCGAUGCACGACGAGGCAUGCACACACUUUGUUAGCAUGAUCGAAAACACGGCCUUCGGGCACAGGUUCCUGAAAGAUCAGUUUGACUACAAGCCGAGCAUAGGCUGGCAGAUCGACCCCUUCGGACACUCGGCUACCCAAGCGUCGCUGCUGUCGGCAGAGAUGGGAUUCGACGCGCUCUACUUUGCGCGCAUUGACUGGCAGGAGGCGAAGCGGCGGACGGAGCGACGCGAGAUGGAGAUGAUCUGGCAGGCCUCGCCGAGCUGGGGAGCUGACGCCCAAGUCUUCACCGGAGCGUUUCUAGACGGAGGGUAUGGGCCUCCGCCAGGGUUCUGCUUCGACCAGAACCAGUGCAAUGGCGGAUUUCCCGUGAUGGAUGACGAGUGCAUGGAGGAUGAGAACGUGAAGUUCUACGUCGACAAGUUUGUUGAGACUGCUCUGCGCUAUGCUAACAACACUCGGUCGGCAGGAACACCUACACAGAACAUCAUGUUCUUGAUGGGAAGCGAUUUCCAAUAUGAGAAUGCAGACGGAUGGUACAAGAAUCUGGAUAAGAUCAUCCACCAUGUCAACAAAGACGGUCGAGUCAACGUGUUCUACUCCACGCCCGCGACCUACACGGCAGCGAAGCAUCGGGAGAACCUGACGUGGCCGGUGAAGCGAGACGACUUCAUGCCCCUCGCUAACGACGACAACUCCUACUGGACGGGCUUUUUCACGAGCCGACCAACCUUGAAGCGGUAUGAGAGGAAGAUGGCUGGCUACUUGCAAGCUGUGCGUCAAAUCCAGCUGCUCGCCGACCUGCCUGUCAACAAGCAUGUGCACGUCGAUCCUCUUGCAGCAGCCGUCUCUCUCACGCAGCAUCACGACGCCGUCUCCGGCACUGAGAUGCAGCACGUGGCAUACGACUAUGCCACUCGAAUGGCCGCUGGAUGUCUGGUGGCAGACUUGGCGGCUGAGGAGGGGAUGGCAACUAUGCUGGGGCUGCCUAAGGACAAGUCUCUAACGGUCUGCCAUCUACUCAACGAGACUGUCUGCCAGCCUUCCUCCUCGGCCUCCGGGGCAGGAGAUUCCUUCGUGGUUGUCCUAUAUAACCCGCUCUCAGCUGAGCGUCAGCUUCAGGUCCGGGUCCCUGUGGACUCAUCGGCUCUAGAGGUGUCAGCGAUUGAGACGGGUGAAGUCAUUGCGUCAGAUGUUCUUCCUCCUACUCCUCUCGCUAGUUCGCUACAGGAGCUGCAACAUGCCGAUAUCGCCUCGUCUCUCGUCCUCUCCUUCCCUGCUCUCCUCCCACCCCUGUGCUUCCGGGCCUUUCUGAUCCAGCCGAAUCAGUCUCGGAAGAAGCAGGAGGCACCAAGACGCUUCGAGAAGGCGGUCUGGACGGAGGAAGCGGAGGAGCAGCUGGUGGUAGAGAACAAAUUUGUCAAGGUCACUUUCAACAUGACCUCCGGCCUCUUGUCCUCGUUCCUCAACAAGGAGCAGCAAGUGAGCAUCGAGCUCUCGCAGAACUUCUUCUGGUAUGAGUCGGCUCAAGGCGAGAACGUGCAGCGCUCUGGAGCAUACAUCUUCCGGCCCAACCACACCGCAGCCGACGGGCAGGACGCGCGAUGUGUGAGCAGAGACUGCAGGGCGACGAUCAAGGUGAAGGAAGGAAAGGGCUCUGUGGAGGUGCACCAGACCUUCAGCGAGUGGGCGAUCCAGACCGUCCGCCUCUUCUCCUUCUCCAAGGAGGUGGAAGUUGAAUGGACUGUGGGGCCGAUUCCUGUGGAGGACCUGCAAGGCAAGGAGGUGAUAUCUCGGUUUCAGACCAACAUCUCGUCCUCGUCCUCCUUCCUCACUGACUCCAACGGGCGAGACAUCUUGGAGAGGAGGAGGUGCUCUACUUCCCUCUACGCCCAGGACUCCCAAUGUCGCCCGUCUGUCCCCAGCUACAACGUCACGCAACCUGUGGCGGGGAAUUUCUUUCCAGUCAACACGAUGAUUGCAAUCCAAGACCCCUGGGCCUCGCUAGCUGUCUUGGUGGACCGGGCCCAAGGAGGAACAAGUCUGGUAGACGGGCAGCUAGAGUUGAUGGUCCAUCGUCGACUGCUCUUCGAUGACAAUCGAGGAGUUCAGGAGCCCCUGAAUGAAACCCAGCCGUACAGGAUCGGCAAGGGGCUGGUCGUGCGAGGGAAGCAUGUGCUCGCUGUCGCCUCGCCUGAGACGGCAGCAGAGGGGUACCGACGAGUUCAAGAUGAGAUCUACUUGGAGCCUGUGCUCUUCGCGUCUUCCCGCAAGGCCCACCAGCUCGCCUCUGCCAUCCGACAGGGCUCAAGGAUGUGCAACAGCUCCUCCGGCAGUCUUCACUCCCUUCCCCCCAACAUCGCCAUCCUCACCAUCGAGAAGCAGCCACUCAACACGCACGGGGAGUAUACAGUCCUCCUCCGAGUUGCGCACAAGUUUGGUAUUGGCGAGCAUGGAACUCUUUCACAACCAGCGACUGUGUCGUUGGCGAGAUUGUUCAAGGUAAGGAAAAAGAAGGAG